AUGGAGUGGCUCACGAAGAUCUUCGAGUGGUUCAUCAAUCUCUGGCAAUGGAGGUCUCCAGGGCUCCCGGCCAGAAACCCAAUCAACGCCCAUUACUUGGGUCUCAAGACAGUUUUUUGCCCUUCUGAAGAUGAAGAUUCGCCGGAAAUAUCCCAUGAUAUCGUUGCCGUCCACGGAAUCGGCGCAGAUCCGUACUUUUCUUGGUACACCAAGGGCAUACAUUGGCUGGAAAACGAGAAAAUGCUGCCCUCCAAGUUUCCUUCCGCGCGAAUCAUGACAUUCGGAUACGAGUCCAACUGGUUUGGGGAAGAUGCGGUCAGGAUUGACCUUGAUUCCGUGGCUGAUAAUCUUCUGGAAGAACUAAUUGAUGCAAGGAAGGUCAGGAAAGAAUUGAUUGGCUGUCCAGAUCGCCCUAUAGUUUUCAUCGGUCAUUGCUUUGGAGGAUUGGUCAUUCAGAAGGUGAACCCACAGUUCUCUCGAGCUUAUGCAGUUGCUGAUUUCGAACCUCAGGCUCUUCUCACCACAAGACUACAGCUGAUGGGGACUGAUGAUGGCAUCUAUGAUCAGACUAGUGGGAUCUUGUUUCUAGGAACCCCUUUCCGUGGUACUGGGUUCAUCACUGCUCAAGUGUUGCAAGAGGUUGCGGUUGAUGCCAAUUGCGAGGUGCAACCGUCCGUCCUCAGGCACCUUCAUGGAGAAGACUCGACCUUGAAUUCGACGGUCAGGCAAUUCACAAUGCUGUGUAAACAGCAAGCUAAUAAGAUAAGGAUCGAGUUUUGUGUGAACAAAUCAUCAGGCUGUCUUGAUGGAUAUCGAGACUUCCAACUACACUUGAACCACUUCAACCUAAACAAGUUCUCAUCGCCAAACAAUGACUCCUUUCAGAAGGUAGUCAGACACCUUCAGUAUCUCUCCAGCAACCCGAUCGAGCCAAAGAAAAAUCCUGUACCCGAAAAAUUCUUUUAUGUUCCACGUCCCCGAAACGCAAAUUUUCAAGCGAGACAAGCUGAGCUUGACCAUUUGAGCAAGAGACUGCUAGGGUCAGGCAAUUUGCAAAAGUUUUGCGUCAUUCUUGGAAUGCCAGGAAUGGGAAAAACAGAAUUGGCAACGCAAUUUUGCUAUCUGAACGACCAGCAUUUCUCUUUCAUCUUUUGGCUUGAUGCAGAGAGCGAGUCUAGUUUGGCAACCUCAUUUGCCCAGAUUGCAAGCAACCUCUCUCUCGUGAAGGAGGAUCAAAUCGAUCAGCAACGAAAUAUUGAAGUCGCAAAGAGAUGGCUUAUUGGACACCCUGGCUGGCUAAUGGUCUUCGACAAUGUCGAAGCGGAUACAAUAAAUCUUGUGAAAUCAAAAUAUCGCCCUACUUGUCCCCAUGGCUCAAUUCUUCUGACCAGCCAACACCACUCGACUGGGUUUGGACAACAGUCUCCCGUACAACUUGACUCUCUGACAGAAGAUGAAGGAUCAUCUCUCCUCUUGGCUACUCUAUCAGGUUCUGAAAAGGAAUUUGAUUCUCAUAAGAGGGAUCUUGCAAAGCUGAUUUCAAAAAAAGUUGGAGGUCUUCCCCUGCUGAUUGAACAUCUUGCUGGUUACAUCUUCGAGUCAGGAGUAACUUUGGACCGCACCCUGACGGACUUGAAAACAUACCAGACCAACCAUAUGCUUUCACAUGACUCAAGAUCAGGCAAAAGUCCUCUAGCUAUGCAGACUGUGUUCGAUCUCGCUCUCCGUGAUUUAGAUCCCAAUGCUCGUCUUGCCAUUAACACCAUGGCCAUGCUGUCCGACUGUAUUCCGGAAGUUAUACUCAAUGACCUCCUCUUGAAUCCUGGAAUGGAAGGAGCUAAUUGGAAUCCUGAUGAGACUCGACGGAGCUUGACAGCCCGCCAUCUUGUGCGCUCCGUUGGCUCCCAAUCGGGGGACGAAAACAUCGAGUACAGAAUUCAUCGUUCUUUACAGUUAUAUCUUUUAAACUCUUUACACAAUGAUAUCAAGGGUCUCCAAACUAGCUUCAAUCACGCAGUGGCUAUAUUAUACCGUGCCUUUCCCAAGAGAUCUCAUCUCAUGGUUCCUCUCCCUGAGUCCUGGGGUACAUGCGAACAGUUCUUGCUUCACGUCAUUGCACUUCACAACGUCUAUGUUCAAAAGUCACCUCCUCUUAAACCAACAAAAGACUUUGUUGAGGUCUUAUGUAACGCGGGUGCAUUCCUUUAUGAGCGAUCUUUGACAGAUACAGGCUUUGAAAUACUUGAAACUGCGAAAAAAGCCUGUGAGAUUCUGCCCCGGGGAGGUCCACAGAACACGAGUAUGUGUCUUCAAGAUCAUGUACACAAUGAGGAAGAUUUGAACACUACAGGCUUCCAGAUCCUAAAAAAUGCAGAUGAACUUUGCAAAAUCAUACCUAGGACUUUCUCUGACGAUAUCCUUGUCAGCCCGAACCCUCAGCCCCAGCCAAAGUUUACCAGCCUGACGAGCCUGGAGGCAGAUAUCCUCGCUUAUAUGGCGGGUAUUCAAUGGAAAAGUGGAAGUAUCCGUGGCCGAAAACAAGGUCGUGACUUAGGGAACAAGGUCAUCAAAUUACGCCAGCGACGCAUAACUGAAUGUCCCGCUGAUGAAUCUUCUCCUAUUGAUUACAUUCUUCUCGCAAAUGCCUACAACGACUUUGGCCUUCAACUCCUUAAUGAAGGACUUUACGAAAACGCAAAGCCGUAUCAUGAACUUUCUUUACUGAUAAAACAAAAGUUGAAGAAUGUUAUUCACGUUCCUCAUUUUGAGUUUGCGUCGUCAAAGAUUUGUUUAGCAUACGUGCUUCUGGCUCAGGGCAAAAAUAUAGAAGCAGUGAAUUGUGCCAAAGAAGCCGUCGGUCAUGCCAGGCAAGACCGACAGAACUCCACUGCGAUUCACCCCUUUGAAUUCGAUUUGGCUGUCAUUUUGUUCAAUGCCAACCGAUUCUGGGAAUCCAUGGGCAUACAUGCCCUUGUUCUUGAAAAUCGAAUCAACAUCCUGGGAGAAGAAAAUGAAGAUACGCUUCUUAGUUAUUUCGCAGCCGCCAGUUGCUACUAUCAAGACGGAAGCUUUUCACUUGCGCUGGAGUACGUUGACAAGUGCUUAUCCAAGAGCGAUAUAGUUCAGUGGACUCCUGAAUGUGUAUUGAGAGCAAAGUAUCUCAAAUCCCUCAUUCUGCAAGGGUCUGGCAAGUCUGCAGAAGCCGAGAGAUACCGGACUGAGUCGAUUCAAAAGCGCAAUAUAAUACUGGCAGAACAUGCCGAGCAUAAAUGGAGAGAACCCCAGCCAAAGGUUGAUGACAUGGUAUACUUUGAUUAUCUCGUCAAUCUCAACGCUGGGAGAACGACAAUCAGCGCCAAGAAUGGAUCAAUGCUGAGAGAGCCUACGGAGUUAGCUAGAAACAUUCGUGUCAUGUCUCGCAUGCAAAAGGCGGACACGAAAACCUGGUAA